GUUGUCAUUUACGAAAAUAAGAAAAAGUUUUGUUAAUUUAUGAAUUCCUGUGCAUUUAACUGAUUAAAUUAGUGAAUUCGAGCCAAAAAUUUGGCUUUAAUUACGCAUUAGCAUUAUUCCUCUGCUGCUAAUUCAUUUUAAGCGGUGAUUAUUCAUUAAUAAAAUAACCGUUGUCUUGACUUGGUGUAAUCAUUAAAUGAUUGAAGUUUUAGCUACUCGCGUGGCACACCUGUUUGUUUAUUAUUAAUGUUUCAGUGAUGGCUUCGAAAGGAAUGCUAACUGUCGACGAGCAUGGCCGCUCAGAUUCAUAUCGUGUUGCAACUAUCCCGUCCAAUUUCGACGACAACAAAACUGCAGAUGGCCGGCCCAAGUCUCGAAGGAAGGUGAAGAAGAUAAGGAAAGCUGAGGAUUUAGAUGAUUUGAAACAAGAAUUAGACAUCGAUUAUCACAAGAUCUCACCAGAAGAAUUGUAUCAAAGAUUUCAAACACAUCCCGAAAACGGUCUUAGUCAUGCAAAAGCGAAAGAAAAUUUGGACAGGGACGGACCCAAUGCUCUCACACCCCCUAAAACCACUCCCGAAUGGGUGAAGUUCUGUAAAAAUCUUUUCGGUGGUUUCGCUCUUUUACUUUGGAUCGGUGCAAUCCUUUGUUUUAUAGCCUAUUCCAUACAGGCUAGUACUAUAGAAGAACCAUCAGAUGAUAAUCUGUAUCUUGGCAUCGUAUUAGCUGCCGUUGUUAUCGUUACAGGUAUAUUUUCGUACUACCAAGAAAGUAAAAGCUCGAAGAUUAUGGAAUCGUUCAAGAAUAUGGUACCUCAAUUCGCUACCGUACUUAGGGAAGGAGAGAAAUUAACCCUCCGCGCCGAAGAUCUGGUGCUCGGUGAUGUGGUUGAGGUGAAAUUCGGCGACAGGAUUCCAGCUGAUAUCAGAAUAAUCGAAUCUAGAGGAUUCAAAGUCGACAAUUCAUCGUUGACGGGAGAAUCCGAGCCACAAAGCAGGAGUCCCGAAUUCACGCACGAGAAUCCCCUCGAAACUAAAAACCUAGCGUUCUUCUCUACUAACGCUGUCGAAGGCACUGCCAAAGGUGUUGUUAUUAGUUGCGGAGACAAUACGGUUAUGGGCCGUAUCGCCGGUCUGGCAUCCGGUUUGGACACCGGCGAAACUCCCAUCGCCAAAGAAAUACACCACUUCAUCCAUCUCAUCACCGGCGUGGCCGUUUUCUUAGGCGUCACCUUUUUCCUUAUCGCUUUUAUCCUCGGUUAUCAUUGGUUGGACGCCGUCAUCUUCCUGAUCGGCAUCAUCGUGGCCAACGUACCGGAAGGUCUCUUAGCCACCGUCACCGUUUGUUUGACUCUCACUGCCAAGAGAAUGGCAUCGAAGAACUGCUUGGUAAAGAACUUGGAAGCUGUCGAAACCUUGGGAUCCACCAGCACCAUUUGCUCAGACAAGACUGGAACGCUGACUCAAAACAGGAUGACCGUCGCUCACAUGUGGUUCGAUAAUCAGAUCAUCGAAGCCGAUACGACAGAGGAUCAAUCGGGCGUCCAAUACGACCGAACCAGCCCAGGUUUCAAGGCGUUGUCCCGCAUCGCAGCCUUGUGCAACCGGGCCGAAUUCAAACCCGGCCAGGACGGUGUCGCUAUAUUGAAACGCGAAGUCAACGGAGACGCGUCCGAAGCCGCCCUUCUCAAAUGCAUGGAACUGGCCCUCGGCGACAUAAUGUCCAUCAGACGCAAGAACAAAAAGGCCUGCGAAAUUCCCUUCAACUCCACCAACAAAUACCAAGUGUCGAUUCACGAGAACGAAGAUCCCAACGAUCCUCGUCACAUUUUAGUCAUGAAGGGAGCCCCGGAAAGGAUCUUGGAACGGUGCAGCACCAUUUUCAUUUGCGGCAAGGAGAAGGUGCUCGACGAAGAGAUGAAGGAGGCGUUCAACAACGCGUACCUGGAAUUGGGCGGUCUCGGCGAGCGCGUGCUCGGCUUCUGCGACUUCCUCCUGCCCACGGACAAGUACCCGAUCGGCUACAAAUUCAACGGCGACGAUCCCAACUUCCCGCUGGACGGGCUCAGAUUCGUCGGGCUGAUGUCGAUGAUCGAUCCCCCUCGCGCCGCCGUACCGGACGCGGUGGCCAAGUGCCGAAGCGCCGGUAUCAAGGUCAUCAUGGUGACCGGCGACCAUCCCAUCACCGCCAAGGCCAUCGCCAAAUCCGUGGGCAUCAUCUCCGAGGGCAACGAGACCGUCGAGGACAUCGCCCAGCGGUUGAACAUCCCCGUGUCGGAGGUCAAUCCGAGAGAGGCUAAAGCUGCAGUCGUGCACGGCUCCGACCUGAGGGAAAUAUCCUCCGAUCAAUUGGACGAAAUACUGAGAUAUCACACUGAAAUUGUAUUCGCUAGGACCUCGCCUCAACAGAAACUCAUCAUCGUCGAGGGUUGUCAACGAAUGGGCGCUAUCGUUGCUGUUACAGGUGACGGUGUGAACGAUUCGCCGGCGUUGAAGAAGGCCGACAUCGGCGUCGCCAUGGGCAUAGCCGGUUCGGACGUGUCCAAGCAGGCCGCCGACAUGAUCCUGCUGGACGACAACUUCGCUUCGAUCGUCACCGGCGUGGAGGAGGGCCGGCUCAUCUUCGACAACCUCAAAAAAUCCAUCGCCUACACGUUGACCUCUAACAUUCCCGAAAUCUCGCCUUUCCUCGCCUUCAUUCUUUGCGACGUUCCUUUACCUUUGGGUACGGUUACAAUUCUUUGCAUCGAUCUCGGAACUGACAUGGUGCCUGCUAUAUCUUUGGCUUACGAGGAAGCUGAAGCUGACAUAAUGAAGAGACCUCCGAGAGAUCCACAUAACGAUAAACUUGUUAACGAUAGAUUGAUUUCGAUGGCAUAUGGUCAAAUCGGUAUGAUCCAAGCUGCAGCUGGUUUCUUCGUCUAUUUCGUCAUCAUGGCUGAAAACGGAUUCCUGCCGAUGAAGCUCUUCGGUAUCCGGAAACAAUGGGACUCGAAAGCCGUCAACGAUCUUACAGACUCUUACGGCCAGGAAUGGACUUACAGAGACAGAAAGACUUUGGAGUACACUUGCCACACGGCGUUCUUCGUAUCUAUCGUGGUCGUACAAUGGGCCGAUUUGAUCAUUUGCAAGACUCGCCGUAAUUCGAUCAUCCACCAAGGCAUGAGAAAUUGGGCGUUGAACUUCGGUCUCGUGUUCGAAACCGCGCUCGCUGCGUUCCUUUCGUACACUCCCGGCAUGGACAAGGGUCUCAGAAUGUUCCCUCUCAAGUUCGUCUGGUGGUUGCCAGCAAUUCCAUUCAUGUUGGCUAUCUUCAUAUACGACGAAGUGCGACGGUUCUACUUGCGACGUUGCCCCGGCGGCUGGUUAGAACAAGAAACCUAUUAUUAAGUAUUAAAUAUCAGAGUACUGCCACUCAGUGGAUGCUGCGGGGACGGUUCGUUCUCCGCAGUUUCGAUAGGAAAGAUCUCGUUUACAAUGUUAGCAUGAUGUACCGAUACGCGGCGAAAGCAGUUGUUACUAAAAUUAAUUAGAACCGACGACGUCUUUCCCUAUCGAUUAUUGUACAAAAAAAAAUACUGUUGCUAAUUCUAGUAAAUUUGCUGCUUGUGCAGUUUUUAAAUAGUUAAGUACGUCGUGCAAGAUAGAGGCGAUUCCUCCGAGCAAACGACUCGUUCGUGCACGCGUUAGUUAUUUAUUAAUCUUAUUAAUUUGGAUUAUAUUAAAAAUAGAGGAAAAAAAAAGUAACAAUGACAAGUAUGAACCACAACCAAUAACAAUAAUUCACUGUCUGUCGAAGACAUUUUAGUCGCAAGAGCGGUUUUCAAACAUUCCAUUUUUUCGAGGACUACAGUUGCCUUAGUGCUGUCUGUCGUACGGAGUUUCAAAUAAUUAAUAAAUAAUAUUCGGAAGAAUAAGGAUCGGGUUCGCGGCGUCUCGGCGGCUGCCCCGUCGCUGUUGCUUGUUGAAAGGGAGCCACUCGGACGACAAACACGCGUGCGCGACGCGUAUGAAUGAUUUUAGUACUAUUUAGGCUUUCAACACUUAGGUUAGCUAGAUUGUAACUGUGUUGUUAUUCGUAUUUAAAUGUCAACCAGGUCGUCGUGCUCAAUACACAACAUGACUAUAAUAAUUAAACACGAUUGUAAUCAUUUAAAUGAGAAUCAUCUAAUCUUUUUUUUAUUAUUAUAUAAUUUGAUUGUAUAUAUUCUUUGUGUUGGUUUUAUUUAAAGUCAGAUUCCAGUGCAAGGGUUGAUCGUUGUUAUAACACACACUAUAAUAUUAAAGUAAAGGUGGUUUUGCUUACGUAGAGUUUUUAUUUUUCAUAAUAAUCUGUCGCGCUUCGGUCGGUGACCAGCGGACCACGGUAAUGUUAUCUGACUGUAAAUAGAUUUAAGUAAAUCACUUAAUUAUAUAUUUCGCUUGUGUUCUUUUCAAAUUCAUGUUUUUAGUAAGUGAAGGAGCUGUUUACAUUUGGGUUUUAAUAAAAUGAACGAUAGUAAAUUAAGAUAGAAUUUUGUUUGUUCUUCCAAUAUGUUUAUUUAUUAUGCGAAAAUAUUCGUUUGCUUUUCACUUCCUGUAUAAUUUUAAGUAAAUUGUAGGUUUGUUUGCGAAGACGAUUCGAAACAAGUCUAUUGCAAAUUGCACGUUUGUAUGCAUGCGCAUUCUCGUUUUUAUAUGCUUUAAUUAAAAUACACAUCUCUACAGAAAUAUAAUUUGUACAGUGACUUGUCCAGGAUCGAUAUACACCUUGAUUCAUUUCAGUUUGCAAUACAUAUCGUCAUUUCCAUGAGUUACACAAAGAAAGUUUAUUAAAAUAACAGUUGUUAGAGUGAAAAGUU